AGCGAUAGAACUCAUCGGUUCCACCUGGUCACGUGACGUGAUCAGGACAACAACAACCGCAUGACCGAAAGUUGUGCAGCUGCAGUGAACGUGUUUGUCAGGAUUUGGACCUCAGGAAUCGAAGAGGACAGAAACGCGGACUCUGCUGCAGUCAAAAUGGCCGAGAGUAAGAAGAGGAAGAGGACGGGCUCUUGUUCUUCUCUCAGGUCGUCCACUGAGUCGCCUGGAAGAACAUCCACCAUGAUCUGUUCCUCUGAUGGAUUCAUUCCUGAUUCUCCCCAUCCUCCCAAAGAGAACCUCAACAUCUUCAUCUCUGCAUCCUCCUCCUCUGCCUUGUCUCUCUGCAUCAAAGCCUCUGCAUCUAACUGAAACCAAAUCUGGUGAUAUGUUUAUGCCUGUUCUUAUUUUGCAGGUCAGAGUCCACAGCAGACAGUACCAUGUCUAUGAAGAGUGAUACCUCAAAGUAUCACCCACCCAACUUCAGCCUAGAAGAAAAGCAGAGGUCAGAGUCCACAGCGGGCAGUACUGAGUCUAUGAAGAGUGAUACCUCAAAGUAUCACCCACCCAACUUCAGCCUAGACGAAAAGCAGAGCCAGCAGAUGAGCUGCUCAGCAUGUGGUCAGAUUCCAAAGGAUCCAGUCCAGUUCACGUGUGGACAUUUGUUGUGCCAACAAUGUGCAGACCCGUCUGUUUCAGCACUGGGGUGUGCAUGUCCAAAGUGUGUCCAAGAUGAUGAAAGUCUCCAAAAACCAAAGAAGAAACUUAGAAAAUUAAUGCAGGAGAAAUUUGAUCUGACAUAUGAAGGUAUCGUGGACCAAAAGACUCAGCUGAAAAGCAUCUACACAACACUUUAUAUCACCACUCGAGAAUCUGAGGAACCUUCAGGAGAACACGAGUUCUCCAAUCUGAAGUUUGUUUUAAAAAGAGGGCAAUCAGGUGAUUUCUCAGUCCAGCUCAAUGCCAUCUUCAAACAGGUCCCAGACAAAGAGAAACCCCACCGAGUGGUGCUGACAAAUGGAAUUGCAGGAAUCGGAAAGUCCUUCGCCGUUCAGAAGUUCAUUCUUGACUGGGCUGAAGGAAACUCCAACCAGGAUGUGGACUUUGUCUUCUUUCUUGCUUUUCGAGAGCUACAUAUGUGUAAAGGAGAGAAAAGCUUUCUGCAGGUCCUGAUUGACUUUCAUCCUUCACUUCAGCUCAACGAUUUGAAGAGUUUAAACGAAAGCAGAACCACUGUGAUCCUCGAUGGCUUUGAUGAAAGCAGACUCCAUCUGGAUUUCCACAAGUCCAACACAAUAACAUCUAUCAGGGAAAGAACAUCUGUGGAGAAUCUGCUUGUAAACCUCAUCAAGGGUAACAUUCUUCCAAAUGCAAACGUCUGGAUAACUUCUCGUCCUGCAGCAGCCAAUCAAAUCCCAGCAAAGUACGUGAACAUGGUGACAGAGAUAAGAGGGUUCAACGAUGCGCAGAAAGCCGAAUACUUCAGGAAGAGACUGAGUCCAGACUUGAGUCUUGCAGAAAGAGUCAUCUCACACAUUCAGUCCUCACAAACUCUGGACAUGAUGUGCCAGAUCCCCAUCUUCUGCUGGAUUUCUGUCAUCUUGUUUCAAGACGUUUUUAGAGGAGGCGGAGAUACAGAAACCCCCAAAACUCUGACUGAGAUGAUGGCCCACUUCCUGUUUGUCCAGACAAAACGCCAAAGCAGAAAUUAUGAGAAGAAGAGUGAGACAAGCAAAAAGAAACUUCUGAGAAGGCACAGAGAUUUCCUCCUGAAACUUGGAAAACUUGCAUUUGUUCAGCUGCAGGAGAACAAACUCAUCUUCUACGAGGACGACUUGAAACAAUGUGGGAUUGACGUAGAAGAAGCAUCUGUCUACUCUGGAUUUUGCAACACAGUUCUCCGAAAAGAAGAAGUCUUCUUCCAGAAAAAGGUCUUCUUCUUUGUCCAUCUUACCAUCCAGGAGUUCUUUGCAGCUCUUUACGUCUAUGAAUGUCUUGCUACCAACGACACUGGAGAUCUCGUCAGUUUUCUUGAUCUGAAAGAAGAAAAUUAUUUACUUGACCGUCUAAAAAAGACAGUGGACAAAGUGUGUGAGAAGAAGAAUGGUCACCUGGACUUUUUCCUGAGAUUCCUCCUCGGCCUGAUGGUGGAAUCCAACAAGAGAGUCCUCAACGGUUUGCUGACCCCACUGGAUCCAAAGCAAGAUACAGACAAGAAAAUCUUGACGUACCUCAAAUCCAUUCGGAGGAAGACCCUGUCUCCAGACAGUUGUAUCAAUAUUUUCCAGACCAUGGUGGAGAUGAGAGACCACAAAGUCAAAGAUGAAAUUCAGGAGUAUCUGAGGCAGUCAGAUCGUUCAGAAACAGAACUGACUCCUCUACACUGCUCUGCUCUGGCCUUCAUGCUGAUGGUCUCCAAAAAUACAUUAGAGGAACUGAAUCUGAAGAGAUACAAGACAUCAGAGGAAGGCAGAAGGAGACUGAUACCAGCUGUGAGGAGCAGCAGGAAGGCUGUGCUGAAAGACUGCAAAGUGACUGCAGAGUGGGUUGAACACCUGACCGUUGGUCUCAAGUCUCCAUGUUCACCUCUGCGAGUUCUGGACCUCAGCAUCAAUGACUUGACAGAUUCAAGAGUAGAGAAACUCUGUGUUGGGUUGUCAAAUUCUUGCUGCAGAUUGGAGGAAUUGAGGUUGUCUGGUUGUAUGGUCACAGAGAAAGGCUGUUCUCAUCUGGUCUCGGCUCUACAGUCCAACCCUUCCCACCUGAAGGAUCUGGACUUGAGCUACAACCAUCCAGGAGACUCUGGAAGGAAGAUGCUGUCAGAGCUGAAAGACGAUCCUCGAUACGCCCUCGACAGACUCAACUUGGAUUACGGUGGAGAACAUCGGAUGAAACCGGGGUUCAAGAAGUAUGCCUUUAGGUUCACUCUGGACCCCAACACAGCCCACAGGAACCUGCUUCUGUCUGAGGGGAACACCAAGGUGACCUGGGUGAAGGAGGAGCAGCCGUACCCUCCUCACCCAGAGAGGUUUGAUCAGUGUCUCCAGGUGAUGUCUGAGCAGGGCGUCCAACAGAGCUGUUUCUUUGAGGUGGACAAGGAGGAGCCCUUCAGCGUCGGGUUAACGUACAAAAGCAUUGGCAGGAAGGGAGAUUCCACAGACUGCAACCUGGGAUCCAAUGAGAAAUCUUGGGUCAUGUCAUGCAAUGAGAAGGGUUGUUCUGUUCGACAUGGAAACGAGGUUUUCCAUGUGACGUCCUUAUGUCCACGCUCCAGUCACGUUGGAGUGUUCCUUGAUUGGGAGGCUGGGGAACUGUCCUUCUACAGAGUUUCUAAUGAUAAUCUCACCUUCCUCCACACGUUCCAGGAACGCUUCAGUGAUGCUCUCUAUGCUGCAGUGGAACUGUACCCUCAGUCCUCUGCUCAGUUUUGUCACGUAACCUGAUCGUGGUGCCUCUGAGCUCUGGUUACAGGCAAAAGUGAAGACUGAUGCUCCCAAAUUACUAGGCUACAGGUUUUUAUGCUAGGAGUACUUUUUGAGUUACGCCCUUUUAGAUAACAACUAAAGAUUGGAGUGAUGCCCUGCAAUGAAAUGGUGACCCAUUCCAGAAGAAUUCACUCACUCGCUAUAUUUCCAGAAUUCCCUCACCCAUCCAAAUAGGAGCUCCACUGGACUUAAGAGUGAGGAGACAAUUUUUCGGAGUGAUGAAGUUUGCUUCUCCCUCCAGCAAUCGAAUAGAAUAGUGUAGUUUUCAUGGUUGACAGGAAGGUUGUGUUUGUCUGAUUGCAUUUUACCAAGUCUGAUGCUAGUUCGAGGAGGUGUAUGGUUGUUCCUUUAGGAGCUGGUGCCUAGUUUGAGUAAAUGGGUCUCUGAAUGUUUCAGCAUAACAGGGAAGAGUUUGGGGAUGGGGACUUCCUGUUCCAACAUGGACACACAACAGAGGACGAAGAAGUCCAUGGUGAGGGUUUGGUGUGGCGGAACCUGACUGGCCGGUACAGUCCUGACCUCAACCUGAUGGAACACCUUUAAACAAUAAGAACAAGAAAAGUCAGCAUCAGAGUCAGUUCUCACAAAGGUGCCGGUGCAACAACAGUCCAACAUUUGUAUAAAUCAGGGGUGUCCAAAUCCAGGCCUCAAGGGCCGGCAACCUGCUGGUUUUCCAGAAUCCCUGCUUCAUCUGCUGCCGAUUACCUGGAUCAGGUGUGUUCAGCCAAUUAGGAGCUUCAAAGGCAGGUUGAUUGGAAUACACGUAGGACUCCGGCCCUUGAGGCCUGGAAUUGGACCCCAAUGGUAUAAAUCCUAUUAAACCUGUGGAAAUUUCCAGAAGAGCGGUAGAUCUAAGAGCAGCAAAAGAUGGACUGACGUUAAGUCAAAGCCUGAUUAUGGAUGGAACGUGACAAACAAUAAUUAGUUUGUUUGGGCAGAUAAGCAAACAACUGUGGCAGUAUGGAGGAAAAUGAGGUAGAAGCUGGUGUUGAAUUGAUCAGAACAUACAACGGAAUCCCUGACCCACCAGUCAGCCAUUCCUGUCAAUACUCACAGAGUUUAGAAGCUUUUUUUUUAAAACAAACAACUAUUGAGCUCGUAUGAGGAUUAUUUAGUGCCACCAUAACUUAAGAUGUUUGUGUGACAAUUUUGUGUUUGAUUCACUUUGGUUUUCCUAUUGUUUUUUAACAUUGUGAUGCUGUCUGUCUUUAGCAUGUUAGCAUUGGUUUUACUUGUUGGGAUUACUUUCAAGCUAGCAAGAAGUUAUACAUUUAAAUAAGGCUGCAUUUUUAAACAUCCCAAACUCAGAAACAUCAACAAUAAUUUCAUUGGUAUUUUUUCCUAAACUAGCAUGUUGACACCGUUUGUCGUUAGCUCUUUAGCUUGCUAGCUGUAGUAGAAACAUUCCACGCUACACUUGGAUGAUGAUUUACUGUUGUGUGGAAUUAGCAUUAACAUGUUAGAUACUAGACAUCACAUAUUUAGAGGUUGAAAGACCAUAAAAAUACUGUAGACGAUAAACUGGUAAGCUAGGGUAGCAAAGCCUCUCGCUAAUAAUAAAAGUGGAACAAUAUAUUUUUUUACGUUAACAUUUUACCAAUUUAUUAACUUUGCAGAGCUAUUGUUUUUGUAAAAUGGUUAAAUUUAUGUAUUAAAGAAAUUGUUUCUUUGUUUAGGGGCUAGAAGUUAACAUAUUAGCCGCUAAACAUGCUAAUGUUCACUCUGGAAUUAAACUAUAACUUUUAAACUGUUUUAAUUGAGAUUUGAAGCCUGUUUUCUGUUAUAGUUUGUGUUUAUUGAACAGCUUUAACACAAUGGUUUCAUUGUAUUUCCUGUAUCAGUUCUUCUAUUUUGAAGUAUUUAGACGUUAGUUUACUUCAAGCUUUGCAAAAUAACCCAAAAAUAAAUGAAAAAACUGAAAUACUUCUGUUUUACUUUGAUCACCCUCUCCUGUGUUUCAGUGUUGUGCAUCUUUUGGCCAAAAUCUUUCGUUGUUGUAUUAAUGACAGUGUGUUAACACAUUCCAAUGUUUUUCUGUUGCAGAUACACUGAUGGUAAAGAUAUUGAGUAGUCAUUGUGUAAAGUUAAAAUACCUGCUGUGUUUUUAUCUAUUACCAACACAUUUUGUACUUUGCUGCUAAAUCUUAAUAAACUCUGUGUUGAUAAAAUAA